AUGGGCAACAUUAGGCACGUGCCCAGAAAUAACGCACAAGAAUCCAUCGAGAUGGAAACUCUUUCAGUUGGGCCGCAAACCCCCUUUUUCGACCAGCAGAACUCUCUAUUAGGAUAUUGGCAGCAUCAGCAAUCUAUUAUGCCAAAAGCCAUAUGUUCUGAGAAUUCAAGCACAAAUCAAGAGCUGGGAAGCAUAGUAACGCACAAUGUUGAAAGGAGCGAAUGUAAUCGUAACGGGAAGCGAACAUACGACUUUUUCAGUACUGCCACCGACCCGGACCCUCUCGUCCCAGAACCCCAAAGCAGCAGGCUUCGUUCAGAGACUGACGGUUGUAGCGCUACAACCACCCGUUGGGAGCAAACCCGAGCCUUUACACCUUACGAAAUUAGUCGCUACGGGCAUUCCGAUCUCUGUGCCACAUGGGUCCAAACCCUUACAUCAAACAAUCCCGGCGAUUACUAUUCGAAUACCUACGGAGGUGGCUAUCUUGCAUAUCCAAACAGCCCAGAACUGGCUUUCUCUCCACCACGUGUGUUUGGCCCAGGCUUUGGUAGCACAGACUCUGUUGAGAGCAUGGCAAGUCCCCUAGGAAGAGAUCAAAAAUAUAGAUACGCGAUGUCUACCACAAAAGUCGACGAAUCCUUUGUAACCGAUUGCUACGACGAUUCCUUCACGGGCAAAAUCCAAGGCAAUGUUCCACAGAAAGGGACUCUUGAAGCUGAUACGGUGCCCGGCCCUGGGACCAGGAAUUACACAGUACCGGCUCGUGUCGAAACAGAAUUAAGUUCUCAUUCAAAAUGGAAUAUCGACAGUGUAUUGCUCAUGGGAAGUGCGCCCAAUCACAUUCUAAGCCCACCUGUCACCGAUCAUCUCGCAACUGAUCUGGGCACUAUGAGCGAUGAGUUCCUUGACUGUGCGCCGGCCACAAUAGACAGUCCGGCGGCAAAGCAAAUUAUCCAAUGUGCACGAACGACAGUAUCUGAUAUCCCUGUUCAGCGCUUCCAAGUAGGUAUGUCUACAGAUAGCAUCAGUGAGUGGACAGGCAAUGAAUCGCCACCUGAGAUGAUACAUGCGCUUUAUGCGCAUCAAGCAAUAGCACUCAAGUGGAUGCAGGGUGUGGAAGAGGACAAAAGCCGAAAAGGUGGUAUUAUGGCCGAUACCAUGGGUCUGGGAAAGACAAUCACCGCUUUAGCCCUGAUCUUAACUCGUCCCCCCGGGCGAUCCUCUACCAGUGUCAGCACGGCGAAUCAGCCUACGCUUGUUGUUGCUCCGGUAGCACUAGUAAAUCAAUGGGAGCGCGAGGCCGUAUCGUGGAGCUCCGGACCCGGCAAUCUCCUGCCACUUUGGCACUAG